AUGCUGCUCAGGAGAUUGCAGUUCCAACUUCUGGGGUUGCUGGUUGCAGCAACGUUGGGGGCGGCGACGACUGUGGGAAACAUCACCACCUCGGACAGGAUACCAAAGUGUGCACUCCGAUGUCUGGUGGAGGAACUUCCCGCCUCAACCUGCCCCAGCACCUCUUUGGACAAACACUGCAUCUGCACAAAUCACGACCUCAGAAGAGCCGUGUAUGACUGCCUCACACUGAAAUGCUCCGUGCGAGACAACUUCGCAGCCAUCAACGUCACUGCGACGGCAUGCGGGGUCGAGCCAGUCUCGACGGUCGAUAUAUCCAUCGAAUUUUAUGCCACAUUCACCACCCUCACCGUCAUAUUCAUCUCUGGCCGGAUGGCUACCAAGAUUGCAGGCAUCUCAACUUGGUGGUGGGAUGAUACCACCAUCGUAAUCGUAUUCAUCAUUCACAUGGCAACCAGUCUUUCCGGAUUGCUUUGGGGGAUGACCGGGACCGAAAUAUGGGCACUUUCCCCCGCGCAGAUCAACAGGUUUCUCUUCAUCUCCUUCAUCUACGGAAUCCGCUACAUCAUCAACAUGGCUCUGAUCAAAGCAUCCAUCCUGUUCGGCCUGCUCCGCGUCUUCCCAAACAAAACCUUUCGUCGCGUCCUGUGGGGGACGCAGAUUUUCAACCUGCUCUUCUCGCUCGCAAUGCUUGGUGCUUGGUUGGGACAGUGCCAACCGGUCAGCUUUUACUGGCUGGGCUGGGACGGCGAGCAUGAAGGGUCUUGCGUCGACAGGAAGGCCGUGGUUCUGACGCAUGCCGGGAUCCACCUCAGCCUCGACGUUUGGAUACUGAUUCUUCCCAUUAACCAAGUCGCUGCUUUGAAUCUCGAGAGGAAGAAGAAGGUUGGCGCUGUGCUCAUGUUUGGCGUGGGAAUAUUCUUGACGAUUGCAUGCGCACUAAGACUCAACGCACUCGUGGAAGGGGUUCAAUCCCGAAAUAUUAGCACCCGGGGUUUCUGGACGGCGGUAUGGUCCAACAUCGAGAACAGCGUUGGGAUCAUGGUGGCCUGCAUGCCCGCGAUGCGAAUUCUCUUCACCCAGCUCAUCAUACCCAAGUUUCGGGACAGUAUGGGAGAACGGCGGGACUCGACGGCACCAUCUAUAGCACACAGCAAGACAGGGACGAUGAGCACUUGCAUCACGAGUUCGAAUACGAACUCGCAUCACUCCAGAGGGAGAAGCCUACAACAAGCAGUGAAUAGUCGGGGUAUAGGGUUGAUUGACGAGAGAGACGACGGGAGACAGCGUGAUCUGGAGUUGGGAGAGAUGGAGGAUCUUGGACUGAGGGUUCAGGGAAAGAAGGAGACGCCCUCUACGGUGGUGUCGCAUGAGCGUCAACUAUCAGAGUAA